AUGGAUCCCGAAGAGGCGGAGCUGCAGAACGACUACCGCUAUCGCAACUAUGCGGCGGUCAUCGAGAAAGCGCUGCGAAACUUUGAAUCGUCCAGCGAGUGGGCGGAUCUCAUCUCUUCUUUGGGCAAGCUCAACAAGGCCCUGCAGAGUAACCUGCGCUACUCCCUCCUGCCUAAGAGGCUGGUCAUCGGCAAACGUCUGGCCCAGUGCCUUCACCCGGCCUUACCCAGCGGGGUGCACCUCAAGGCUCUGGAGACCUACGAGGUCAUCUUUAAGAUUAUUGGCACAAAAUGGCUGGCCAAGGAUUUGUUCAUAUACAGUUCGGGUCUGUUCCCGCUGCUAGGCCAUGCCGCCAUGGCAGUGAAGCCGGUUUUGCUGACGUUGUACGAGCGUUACUAUCUGCCGCUGCAGAGGGCUUUGCUGCCCAGUCUUCAGGCUUUCAUUACGGGGCUGCUGCCGGGCUUGGAAGAGGGACUGGAAGUCAACGACAGGACGGACGCCCUGCUGCUCAAGCUGUCUCUGCUUGUGGGUCCGCAAGUGUUCUACGGAGCCUUGUGGGGUUGCAUUCUAGUCAGCCCUACGGUGCGCCUACCUGCCACGGUCUUCAUCGUGGCGCACUUCGACCGCACUUUGCCACUGCAACAGCGGAAACACAUGCUCGGUUACGACCGCCGCCUGGCGAUGAAGUCUGUAUGUCUUUCCCUGCAAGACUCCAAUGUGCUGGUACAGAGGAAUAUGCUGGAAAUUCUGCUCUUCUUCUUCCCUUUGGCCACUUCCCUGGACCCAGCAAAGGCCAUCGUGGUCGUGACCACGGAUGACAUGACUACAAUGGUUUCCGCCGCAACGCUCACAUUACUCCGCAGGGACAUGUCCCUAAAUAGGCGCCUCUAUGCAUGGCUUCUAGGCACAGACAUCAAAGGGGAGAUGGUUGCUCCACAUCCAAGCAUGUCUUCUUCAGCAGAGGAACAUAUGUUGUUUUACUUCAACACAUACUCCAAGGAUCUUAUUGUGAAGGGUCUGAUUAACAUCCUCAAACAGAAGGAUGCCGAGAGCAAACCGGAGAACGUGAUUGGCUACCUCAGGCCUUUUCGCAUCAUUAUCAGCUUGCUGGAUAAACCGGAGUUGGGCCCAGCGGUGUUGAGCUGCGUGCUGUUGGAGGUGGUCCGAGCCUUUUACGGCUACUGUCGGGAGAUGCUGGGCGCAGAUGCCAGCACCAGGCUCUCGAGUAACCAGUUAGCCAGUAUGAUGAAAGAGAACAAGAACGCGUCGGAGAUCAUCAAAACCAUGAACAUGCUGGUGAGCUCCAUGAACAGCGAAUACCUGUGGGAGUACAUGACACAAUGCUUCUGCAAGUGUCUCAGUGACGACAACAACGGUCCGCCCGCGUCUCAGCCAGACAGCGAUUGUCCUGCUCCUUCCCUGGCAGAAAUGUCCGCUCUCAUCAUUUUUCUGCUCGAUGUUCUUCCUCUGGAACUUCACACCGAUAUUCAGUCCCACUUGUUACCCGAGAUGCUGGGCACCAUGUUGCGGAGCCUGCGCGCCCACAUGGACUCGGUCGGCUUGGAAGACGUCACGCAAGGCCUCCGCGCCUGCUUCAAGGUUCUAAGUAAGAUCCAGAUGCCCGUGGCGUUCAUGGACUUUGAAGCCGAAGACGACGCUAGCCAAACGGAGAUGCGAGCACAAACGGAGGCGGACCGUCUGACUCAGGAUCUAGAGAAGGAAAGCGAGGGAGAUGACGGCGUAAGGCAGCAUAACGGCCACCAUGCAGACGAGGCGGAAGCCGCCGACGCCGUUUACCCGACGCUCCGCUCGGAAGACAGCGGGCUGGGCGUCAGCGCCUCGCCGUCGGAGCAGCAUCUCCCGCCCGUCGGGGGAAACGGCAAAAAUGGUUACGGAGUCUGGAGAAAGGGCGGCAGCGUUCACACCACCACCCGAUGUCUGCAGGACAUCAUGGCUUUCAUAGCCACAAGACACCUGCUGGUACAGGUGGAAGAUGUUGACGAACGGGAGGAAAAGUUCAGCACCGCGACGGCAUCUGCCGCUCAUCUGACAUUAUUACGAAGCAUGAGCGGAUUGGAGAUUAAAGACAAACUGACAGAGAUUUUUACCCCGAACAAGCCGAAACAUCAGCCCGCUUGCGAAGUCCAACCGUCGGAGAAGACACCGGAGCCCGGCCGUCGUCCGGAUUGGGAGUCCGGGUACCGUCCGCGAAGCAGGUCCGAAAUCCCCGAGGCGUGUCGACAAGCCUUCGCGGCCACCUGCAACCUACUCUUGGAGUGUACCACCUUUCCUGUUUACCUAAGCGAAGAGGAGGCGCUGGCUCUCCACACGGACAUGUUCGGGGAAACAGGAGGGAAACGGGAGUGCUUGCCCCUUUGGCUGAGGUCUCUGAUGACGCUGUGCUGCACGUCAAAGGACCUCAAAAUCCAGCACAUGGCGGUGGCCUCUCUGUUGGAGCUCAUCAACCACUCCCAAUCGUUAGCGCUGGUCAUCCAGGACAAGAGGAGGCGCUACCAGAUGUCGGACUGCAACCCGCUGAGCGGUCAACUGCAGAUGGUCACCGUGCCGCCCAUUUAUCCCGCUUUGCUCAGGGCCAUAGAAGACGACACCGACUUUUACCAGAGGGUGGCCUUGGUGCUUUGGAACCAGCUGGACACGGAGCGCCGCGAGCAACACGCCGCCUGCGUGGAGCUCUUUUACCGCCUUCACUGUUUGGCUCCGUCGCCGAACAUCUGCGAGGACAUCAUCUGCCGGGCGCUGACGCAUCAGGAGAAGGCUGUUCGUCUGGAAGCCUUGCACCGCUUCUCCAUUCUCUGGCACCUGACCCGGGAGAUUCACACCAACAGGAACUGCCGCUCCUUUGACAGGUCUCUCUGCGUGGUGGUGGAGAGUCUACGCUGCACGGACGGCUCCAUCAGCGCAGCGGCGCAGUGCUGGCUGGUGCGGGCGCUGUCCCUCAAUGACGUGGUGCGGAUCCUGGAGCCCAUCCUGCUCUUGUUGCUUCACCCGUCCACUCAGCGUUGCUCCAUCCAGGCCAUUAAACAAAAUGUCACAGCAGGCAACCUCAAAAUUCUAAGCAACAGAAGCCGCUGGUCCGCCAAAGCGACGGACGCCGCGUCUACGGCGACGGAUGCCCGGGACUCUGAGAACGCGGUCGACCGAGAAUCCCUGUGGUCGCAACUGGACGGCGGACCCGAGCCGUCCGACCCGGACGACGCUUCGCCCGUGUCGGUCAGCGAAGGCGAGGAAGACGACGAGGCCGAGAGUGAGCGCACGGAAUCGGCCGACACCGGCGGCACUCGGCCGUCGGCGGAGACCUCCGAGGAGAGCUCCGCGCCGGACGGCCUGCGGCGGGCCGAGUCGGAGCGCACGCAGGCGUCGGACUCGCUGUCCAGCGAAGACGAAGAGGAUCUGGAGUUGGAGGCCAUGGCCAGAGCUCGUCUUUUGAAAGAGGAGCGCGAGAAGAAGGAGGCCAUCGGUUCGCUCUUCCAUCACGUGCUGAUCUACCAGGCGGUAGGCGGCUGGCGGCGGCUGCUCCGAGGCUUGGCGCUGCUGGACAGCCUGCUGAGGAGCAGCGCCGAGUGCCCCCUGGUGGAGGCCUUGUCCGCCACCUGCCUGGACGGCGGCGGCGGCGGCGCUCACCUCGACCUGGUUUCCAACCUCUUGCGACGCCACCAGCAGGCUCAAGACGGCCUGAGCUUCUACGAGCCUCCGUCUUCCCCUUCCGCCGCGCCGCCUUCCCUCCUUCUGGAGCUGCUCAUCGACCUGUGCCUGCGUUUCCUCCGCUCUCACUACUCGUCCUACCAGAACACGGGACCUCUGGACCUGCAGGGCAACCGAGACGUUCAGGUGAAAAGCGUGGAGGUGCUGACCCGCGUGGCGGAGCAGCUGGCCCGCGUGGCGCGAGGACAGGAGGGCGGCCCGGAGCUUGUGGGCAAACUGCUCGCCGCUUGUAAAGUGCAGGAGUACGCCUUACUGGCGCUUUCGGCUUCGAUGUACGUAAGCCAAAGAGGAACGUCCAAAGAGCCGCCGGACGAAGACGGCGGAUUGUCCGAGGAGAGUUUGGUCAACGUCGGGAAAGGGGAAGGGCACGAGCAAUAUCCCUUGCAGAUGGAGUUACUCAAACUGCUCCGCGCUCUCAUCGUCUUGGAGUACCACGCGUGGCCCGGCUCGGGCGGGGCUCCCGCCGCCCAAUCCCCCGUCGGCAACCCGCUGACCCGCGGAUGGCAGACGGCCGUCCUGUUUCAGCAGUCCAUCAAGGCGGCUCAGUACGUGCAAAGCCACCCCAUCACGGCCCAGGGGACGUUCGUUUCAGCCGCCGCCGGCGCACUGCGGCCGCAGUACGGUUACGCCAUGCACCCCCACUGGGUGGCGCUUUUGUGCUCCUCGCUGCCGUACCUGGGGCGCUCGCUGGGCAUCGUGGUGGCGCCCGUCAUCGCGCAAAUUUGCGCCAAUUUGGACGAACUGGUUAAGAUGUACGAGCACGACGGAGGAAGGGCCAAUCACAGACGAGACAACAUUGCUCCAGACUACCUUCUGACUCUUCUUGAAGGCCUGACUACCAUUAUGCACUACUGUCUAUUGGACAACAAAAGGACCUCGGUGACCUGCGAUCCCGUGGAUGUCCGUAACGCACGCAGCGCCGUACUGGAGGCGCUGCCGCAGGUGCUGGGUAGCAUGGCAUCGCUGUGGGGCGCGCUUAUGAAGGAAGAGUCCCACAAGCGGACACCUGACGCCGCGCAAAGCGGCAAACGCACAUCAUGCGUCUUCUUUAAAAGUCCCAAGAUUCUACGCCAGCGGAUAUUACAGUUUCUCCUCCCCCUGACGAGUCAGUACGGGAUUCCGCUCAUGGCUUCGCUGGGGGCCGCCUGGCACAGCAGAAAGAGUAAAAGGAGGCACGCAAACAAUGUUUUACCUGAGGUCAGUCCGUCUCGUCUAACUAUUGUGGAGCUGGUGAAGUCCCUAAACACCUUGCAAACCGACGCCAUCCUGCAAUUGGUCAAGGAAGUUGUGAAGAAGCCGCACCAGCUAAAAGGAGAUCAGAAGUCAACCUUGGUCGACGUCCCCUUGUUGCAGUUUACGUACGCUUAUAUCAGGAGCGUUCCAGCGGCCGUCUUGCAGGAGAACGUGGCCCCGCUCCUCAGUCUACUACGGGAGUCUGUCCAACUCAACUUGGCGCCACCAGGCCACUUCUUAUUGCUGGGCAUCCUCAAUGAAGUUGUCAAUCGACUCCCCAAUUUGGACAACAAGAAGGACACUCGAGAUCUGCAGGAGGUGACGCAGCGCAUCCUGGAGGCCGUGGGCGGAAUCGCCGGCUCGUCCUUGGAGCAGACCAGCUGGCUGAGCCGUAGCCUGGAGGUCAAAGUUCAGCCUCAGGUUUGUCCGGACGCGGAGGAGCCGGACGACGCCGACGCGGAAGCCGAACACUGUGAUUCGGUGGCUCAAGCCGGCACUAUGGUUUCAUCCUCGGCGCCGUCGGUGUACAGCGUGCAAGCCCUCGUGCUCCUAGCUGACAUUUUGGCACCGCUACUUGACAUGGUGUACCGCAGUGACGAGAAGGAGAAAGCGGUGCCUCUCAUUUCUCGGCUCAUGUAUUACGUUUUCCCCUACUUGAAGAAUCACAGUGCUUACAACAUGCCUAGCUUCGAGGCAGGCGCUCAGCUCUUGAGCAGCCUGAGUGGCUACGCUUACACCAAGAGGGCCUGGAGGAAAGAGGUCUUUGAACUCUUCAUGGAUCCCCUUUUCUUCACCAUGGAGUCCUCCUGCCUGCCCAGUUGGAAAGCCAUCAUCGACCACUUGCUGACCCACGAGAAGACCAUGUUCAAAGACCUGAUGAGCAUGCAGAGCGGCUCCCUCAAGCUCUUCGCCAGCGCGGACCAGAAACCCAUGCUCGUCAAGCGCCAGGCGUUUGCGCUUUUCAGCGGGGAAUUGGAUCAGUAUCAUCUCUAUCUGCCCCUCAUCCAAGAGCGUCUGACCGAGGCUUUACGAACCAAUCCCGGCCCGGCGGUUUCGGCGCAGAUCUUCUUGAUGUUCCGCGUUCUCCUGCUGCGCAUUUCGGCGCAGCACCUGACGUCUCUUUGGCCCAUCAUGGUCACGGAGCUGAUUCGCAUCUUUGCACGUCUGGAGAAAGCUCUUCUGAUCGAUAAAGAUGUCUCAAAGCUGGCCAAAGUGGUCCGAGGAGCCCACGACAGGAACGCUCCCGUCAAUUUCUCCCAGGCGGAGUUGGACAUGUACCUGUCGGCGUGCAAGUUUUUGGACACGUCUUUGGCCUUCCCGCCGGAGAGGAUGCCUCUCUUUCAGAUGUAUCGCUGGGCGUUUGUCCCGGAAGUGGACGUGACGCACUACAGCGGUCCGGAGAACGCGGUCCUCGAGGGCGAACAAGAGUGCAAACCUCACGUCGUCAGAAUACUUGAAGGAAUACGGCAACGUUAUGGGACACACAACGGGCUGAGUGAAGAAUCUACCACGGAGCCCCCCGAGUUCCCUCUCCUCACCCAGUGUUCCUUGACCUCCAUCACCCACUUGUUGCCUUUCCUCGGCACCCUCUGCUGUUCCUUCCAAGGUCUGCCCGGCGACAGCCACCCGCAAGUGGCCGACUACCCCGCGGCCAAUCCGGACCUGGUUUUGGAUCGGCUGGAGCUCAUCAUUGAGGAUGAGUUUCUGGACAACAUGGAGAAUUGA